UUCAUUUCAGGCCUGAGGUUAUCUCGGCAUGGUAUAAAUCGCCCUCUAGUGGUGACUCCUGAACAUUGCGAUAAUGUAUGUUUUUAUGUCUCUGUGUAUUUAUUUAUUUAUUUUAGAAGGGGAGGGGAUCGUCAGUUCACGGACUGUGGGGGGCGGGGUUCAUGUUACUGUUUUUUUUAAAAAUUAUUAUUAAUUCUGGAGGCCAUAAAUGAACUGUCUUGUUCCAUCCACCAGAGGCACCAGUCUUGUACGGAACGUAGAUUGAUGGAACUUUUAUAAAAGUUCCCUUUGGAAAAUUUAGGGCUCGUCCGGGAUUUGAACCCGGGACCUCUCGCACCCAAAGCGAGAAUCAUACCCCUAGACCAACGAGCCACGUGUACUGUGUAAAUAAGUUUCAGUACUGAAACUGUCUGUGAGUAACUCCAAGACCGAUAUCACUUUUCUUUUACUGCACAUUAAACCGGAAGUAAAUCUUCCUCUAGUGGUAUGAAGGGGUACUUUGCCGUUUCAGAAAUGAAAUUCAAGUGCAAGUUGUAGCGCUUCGUCGUCUUCGCAUGUCCGAGUUGAUCAAUCUGUUUAUUUAUCAAUGUAACUAUGUGUAAAUAAACACAAGCCAACAGCGCUACAAAAGCUAAAUGUCAUUAAAAAAUAUAAAAAUGUUUCGGUACUUACUCUGUGACGUUUAUUCAUGUGUUGCAGUAGCAACGUAGCACGUCAGUUGGUGACCGCGGUUUUACAGCGAGCGACACUCAAAGAUCGUCACCGGUCAUUGGUCAGGUGCGUUAAACCGACGCUUUUGUUGCACGAACCUGAUUGGUUGUCAAUCGGUGGCGGGAGGGCGGACUUCUAUGUGGCGCAAAGACGAACGUCGUUGUAGUUCCUUGUAAGUAGUACCGGUGUUGACAAGUGCAAAUUUUAACUGAAUGGAUCUAUACAAGUCUGACCAGGGUGGCUUUCCUCGGCUGGGCCAUGGGAGAGGAUUGCGCCCUGAAGAGGGAGCUGUGAGCCGAAGCAGAGGGCCGCUGCUCUCCACAGAAGGACCCGCUCCAGGGAGAGCCAGGGGUUUAGCCACCCUUGGCGAGUUGCCAGAAGGACGGGGAGUGCUGUCACCCACCCACGAACCUUUGUUUGGACAGUUCCGGGGGUCACAGGUGUGUGGUGGUGGUGGGGGAGGAGCCAGAGGAGUAUGUCUCCACCUACAGACUGAACCUAAAGUAGGGAUGGAAAAAGGACCAGUCCUCCCUCACUUGGAGCCACAACGACAGCUGCCCCCUGGUGGAUCCACUGCAGAAAAGACUUCUGCAGCUGAACAGGAGGACAAACCAAUCAGUGCUGAAGGAUUGUCUCUGGUUUCCAUGUUCAAAACUAUGGGACUUGAGCCUGCAAUCACCUCAUGGGGGAGAGGAGCGCCACCUGUUGGCAGGGGCGUGACUGCUGAUGUGGAAGGGUGGAAACUCCAGGGUCACCAACUUUGUCCACCCAGUGGCCCAGAGGGUGUGGUCCAACCUGAGGGGCAGCUGGGCAGAGGCAGUGUUUUUGGUGGCCAGGGUCUCCCCACACAGAAAAUGUUGGGCCUUGGACGAUCGCAGUUGCCUCAUCUUGCAGCGGGAAGAGGUUGCGCUGCCCUGCCGCCGUUGCUGACUCGCGCUGAGCUACUGUCUCCUGGAGUCCAGUCUCAGCAAGGACGCUUCCCUCAGUCCAGUCUGAAAGUAGUCGAACCCCCCACCCCAGAGGUGUCGGAACUUCCUGCUGCUGAAUCAGCAAAGUCGGAGCUGAUAAUGGAGGCCGUCCCACAGCCCCUGAACAAGUCCGGAUCAAAGGGAUCUCCGAUAACCAUCGCUUCAAAUCACAUCCCUGUGCGCUGUAAGAACGACGCCAUCUACCAGUAUCACGUCACCUUCGCUCCAAAUGUUGAGUUGAUGUCGAUGCGUUUCGGAAUGAUGAGAGAGCACCGCUCCACCACGGGAGAAGUCGUGGCGUUUGAUGGUUCCAUUCUCUACCUGCCCGUCAGACUCGCUGAUGCGGUGGUCCUGAAGAGUCAGAGGCGAACGGACGACGAAGAAAUACAGAUAAAAAUCCAGAUCACGAAGAUUUUGCCUCCGAACUCGGAUCUGUGUAUUCCGUUCUACAACGUGGUAUUCAGAAGAGUCAUGAAGAUCAUUGGACUGAAGUUGGUGGGAAGAAAUCACUACAACCCCGAGAAUGCUGUGGUCAUCAAAAACGAAGGUCUUCAGGUGUGGCCCGGCUACUCAACCGCCAUCAAGCGCACAGACGGAGGUCUGUAUCUGUGCGUGGACGUGUCUCACAAAGUGUUGAGGAACGACUCCGUGCUGGAUGUCAUGAACCUCCUGUACCAGCAGAGUAGGGAGAGUUUCCAAGACGAGUGCUGUAAGGAACUGGUCGGCAGCGUCGUCAUCACCCGCUACAACAACCGCACAUAUCGCAUCGACACCAUCGAGUGGAGCAAGUCGCCGAAGGACGCCUUCGUCCUGAUGGACGGAACCAGAACCACCUACACCGACUACUACAGCAAUAACUACGGCAUCAGCAUCAAAGAGAUGGAUCAGCCGCUGCUCCUACACCGGCCGAAGGAGCAGUCCAAGCAGGGGGCAAAGAAAAUAUUUUCUGGAGAGAUCCUCCUGGUGCCGGAGCUCUGCUUCAUGACGGGAAUACCAGAAAAAAUGAAGAAGGAUUUUAGAGCCAUGAAGGAGUUGACCAUGCACAUCAACGUCAGCAUUCCUCAGCACACGCACUCCAUACGUCAGCUCCUGCAGAACAUCUCCUCCAGCCCCGAGAGUCUGAAGGAGCUCAGUCGUUGGGGACUGGACAUCAGCAGUGAGAUCCCUGUGUUGGAAGGUAGAACGUUACCUCAGGAGACCCUUUGUCUUCAGUCCUUAUCCUUUGCCUCCAAGUCCAACCUGUCCUGGUCCAGAGAGGUGAUCAGCAGUGCGUCCAUCAGUUGUAUCCCCUUAACCAUCUGGGCCGUCUUCUACCCCCGCCGCUGUGCCGAGCAGGCGGAGCUGCUGGUGGAGACCUUUAUGAAGGUGGCCGGACCGAUGGGCGUCCGACUGGAGAAACCUUUCUUUGUGGAGCUGAGAGACGACCGCACUGACUGCUACAUCAGGAGCAUCCACUGUCAGCUUAACAACGAACCCAACAUGCAGUUGGUGGUUUGCAUCAUCGCUGGCAACAGAGACGAUCUCUACAGUGCCAUAAAAAGACUGUGCUGUGUAAAAAGUCCCAUCCCCUCCCAGGCGAUCAACAUCCGAACCAUUUCACAGCCACUGAAGCUGAAAAGCAUCGCCCAGAAUAUUCUCCUCCAGAUGAACAGCAAGUUAGGAGGAGAGCUGUGGACCGUCAACGUCCCUCUGAAACACUUGAUGGUGGUUGGAGUCGAUGUCCACCAUGACGCCGUGAGGUCACACCAGUCAGUCAUGGGUUUUGUUGCCAGUGUGAACAGCUCCUUUACUCGCUGGUACUCCAGAGUAACUUUCCAAACCCCCUCUGAAGAACUCAUCCGUGGGUUCCGAGUUUCUUUCCUGGCCGCACUGCAGAAAUACCACGAGGUGAACCACACCCUCCCGGAGAAGAUCGUGGUGUAUCGGGACGGCGUGUCCCAGGGUCAGCUGAAGAUGGUGGAGCAGUAUGAAAUCCCGCAGCUGCUCACCUGCUUCAACAUCUUCCCCAGCUACGCACCCAAACUGGUCUUUAUCGUGGUGCAGAAGAGAAUCAACACCAUGCUGUACUCCUGGGUGGAAAACAACUUUGUGGCGCCCCCUCCUGGCACCAUCUUGGAUCACACCCUGACUGAGAAAGACUGGGUGGACUUCUACCUCGUGGCUCAUCACGUCCAUCAGGGCUGUGGACUUCCAACUCACUACGUCUGUUUGUACAACACAGCCAACCUGACACCAGACCAUUUGCAAAGACUAACCUACAAGAUGUGUCACUUGUACUGGAACUGUCCCAGUAUCAUUCGCGUACCAGCACCGUGCAAGUACGCCCACAAACUGGCCUUCCUGUCGGGGCAGUACCUGCACACAGAACCAGCCAUCCAGCUAGCGGACAAACUGUUCUUCCUCUGAGCCGCCGCCGCUAACACCGACGCAACGUCCAGACCUCGGCCGGAGAUCUGUUAUCCAGAAAGACACAAAAAAAAAAAUUCACUGAGUUCUGAUUGUAGACUGGUCAUUGUGACCUCUGACUUCGGCAACAUCGUUAUUGCUGAGACGUUUUUUUUUUUUCGACGGACGUUGAUUUUAUUUUAUCAUUUAUAUUUUAAAUAACGCCAAAAAAAAUAUUUUAUUACACAGGAACAGGUUAGCUUCGUUUUAUUAUUUUUUCUUAAGCCGCUAAAGAAAAUGUUUAACAAUUCGACGAUAAAGUUCUAAAGAUCUGUACACCAGUUUGUUUCUUUUUAAUACCAGCGCACCAUGUUACUAGCUGGUGGAUUCCGACACCACCUGGUGUUCGCCGUGAUGUCUUUUAGUUGUUUGUUUGUUUGAUUUUUUAUUAAAAAGUGUAAAAUGUACAGAUAUAUUUCAUACAUUGUGUGCGGCGAAGAUGCUAACGUCUGACGUUCUGCUGCUUCUUUAUUUGGAACAAAUACGAUAUUGUUUGUUUAAAAAAAAAA